CUGCCUCUGGGCUGCGGGAGCCUGGAGCCCCUCCGCUCCCACCUCCGAGCUCGUGCCUGCCUCCCGGCUUGGGCAGUCUCAUUCCGUACUCUCAUGCUGUCACCUUUGCAAUUACGAGCGCGCGGAGCAGAGUCGGACCAGAGAAGUCAAGCUCCUUGUUCGAGGCACACAACCAGUACAGCGGGGCAGGGCUUGUCCCCUGCCCAUUCCCUCAUCCAUCCGUGCCCCCGAAGCCCACGGCGCCCAGACUUUGCUGAGUUCCUGGAAGUGCCCGAGGGUGGGAUGCCCCGAGUGAGAAUACCCGAAGGGUCAUGGUAAGGAAGGAGCCUUGAAGACUCUUUGGUACAGUCGUCGGCAGUGGAAAGCGACCGUGAGUGUGAGGGAGGAUCUGGGUCCCAGCCUGCGUUCCGGCUGUCUCCCUGUGUGACCACCGUAGGCAAGCCCCCUUCCUUCCCCGGACCUGGAAGAAUGCCGGAGUGGGAUUCAAUAGCCUUUAAAGUCCCUUCCAGCCCUGAACCCUUGAACUCAGAGCUCCCCAGAGAAUGGGUUGGGGGGAUGAAGGGGGAGCACUGCUAGCCACCCCCACCUCUAGUUCUCUUGCCUUUCACCCACAACAGCACAGGGCCCCAGGAUCUUAUCGAAGCAUCCCGGAUUUCAACCUGGGAGAGACUGGAGAGGUUGUCUGGUGCCACCUCUGUUACAGAGGAGGAAACUGAGGCACAGAAAGAGGAGCCAGACCCCUGAACCCCAGAAAGGUUCAGGCAGGGGCGUGGCCUCCUCACUUUAAUAAAAUGCUAGCACUGUUUCCCCAUAGCAGAUGACGUGGACACAAGUUACAGGAGGAAAAAGCAGUCAGCGAGCAUUGAUUAAGCACCCACGAUGUGCCCAGCACAAAGGACACAAAGAAAGGCCAAGCCCAGGUCCUCACUUACCAGGAGCUCAUCUGGCUGUGGGGGAGACCAAAAUGAUGUACUCAACAGCACAAGAAACCCAGCCCCCUGCAACUCAAGCUUUCCAGACUUGACCCUGGUUCUCAGUUUGAUAAUAAGCCCCUCCUGAGCCCGGCAGUCUAUAAAGUGUUUUCCUGAGAUGGGUCCAUCUACAGAGUGGAUAGUCAGAAACAAACUGACUCCAGGAGGGUUGCAGACCCUCCGUGUGGAUUCCGUUGCCAGCCCCGAGCCCAAUUCGGAUACAGUCCUUCUGAACAUAAGCUGGACACUCAAGCAGGAUGGCAGCAUCCAGAUGCUAAAGGCCACUAAGAUCUGUGUGGAUGGAAAAGGUCGAUUCUCAUCCUACAGCUGUGUGAGAUGCAAUUACACAGAAGUAUUUCAUAGUCAAACCGCACCCCAUGGCAGCAAAUGGGAGUUUCAUUACGUUGGAUUCCCUAUAAAGCCAGAAACCCCUUAUUUCAUCAGAGCCCAUAAUAUCCCACCUGCAAAUAUGAAUGAAGAUAUUACCGCCAUAUCUGUGAAAUUCACCUCACCAGACUGCCAAGACCCAGUGAUGAAAUAUACAAAAAAGUGUCGAGAAUACGGGAGUCUGUGGACCCCAAACAUCACCGCGUGUCAGAAGGAGAAGAGUGUGGAGGUGAAUUUUAGCACCAGCAGCCUUGGGUGCAAAUACCUAGUCCUGGUUGAGAAUGAUGAAGAUGUCCUAGGGAACAGUGACAUUCUGGAGCUGAACCAGAGCCGGGCUUCUGUGAUCAUCCCAGUGACGGCAGAGAAAGGGAAAGGGGCCAUGGUUCAGAUAAUUCCUUAUUUCCCUACCUGCAACAAUGACUGCAUACGGCGCAGAGGAACUAUAUUCAGCUGUCCAGAAAUCAUCAGUCCGGUAAACGUGAACACAAGCCAACCACGGACACAUCAGAUGUUCCUCAUCCUCCCUACUCUGAGUGUGGCCAUAUGGGCGCUAGCAGUUGGAUUCUAUUUUAUGUGGAGGCACGAAAAGGUCAAGAAGAGUCUUCUCCAUUCGCCCACGCUCCUUCCGCCCAUUAAGGUGCUCCUCGUGUACCACCCCCAAGCCUGCUUCUAUCACACCGUCUGCGAUUUUGCCAAGUACUUGCAGGAUCACUGCAGAAGUGAUGUUAUCCUUGACCAGUGGCAGAAGAGGAAAAUAGCAGAAAUGGGCCUCGUCUUGUGGCUCACAACCCAGAAGAAGGAGGCAGACAGAAUCGUGUUCCUCUUCUCCAGCCGGGCAGAGACAUGUGACAGCUCCUGUAACCCCAAUGCGGGCAGGCACAGAGAGAGCUCCCAAGACCUCUUCACUCUUGCAUUUAACCUUUUCUGUAGCGACCUGAAAAGCCAGGCCUCCCUGGACAAGUACCUGGUUGUCUCGCUCGGAGAGGCUGCCUUGGCCGAGGACCACAGUGCUCUCAGCGUUUGCCCCGGGUACCGGCUCAUGAAAGACGCCAGCCCCUUCUGUAAAGACCUCCUCACCAUCUAGCCCUGGUGACCUGCUCACAGCCCUGCUAAUUAUCCUCAAAAGGGACCAGGAGGGACAAAGCACACUUCAGGAAGCAGAGGGGAAAAGCGUUCAAGAGCUUCUCUUGUGGCCACACAAACAUUAAGUAAAACGGAGCCAUUAUUCAAUAACA